AUGAAGCUGAACAGGCAAGUGACUUGUCUUGUUAUCUUAUUGUGGAUUUGUGAGGAGGGCUCAGCAACGGGGAGGUUUUCUGUGGCGGAGGAAAUGGAGAUCGGUUCCUUUGUGGCUAAUGUGGCAAAGACCUUGGGGUUGGAGGUAGGGAAGCUGUCUGGCCGUGGGGCCCGAGUCCUCUCUGAGGACAAUCGGCAAUAUUUACAGCUUAACCUAGAGACGGGGGAUCUGUUCCUGAGAGAGAAACUGGACCGAGAGGAGCUGUGUGGUCCCACCGAGCCCUGUCUGCUGCCUUUUCAGAUCUUACUGGAAAAACCCUUUCAGAUUAUUCCUGUUGAGCUCUGGGUCCAAGAUAUAAAUGACCAUUCACCGGCUUUCUUAGAAAAAGAAAUGCUACUGAAAAUCCCUGAGAAUACCCCACCAGGAACUCUGUUUUCUUUAAAAAACGCUGCAGAUUUGGAUGUAGGGGAGAACAAUAUUCAGAACUACACGAUUUCCCCCAGUUCCCAUUUCCAAGUUCACACUAGCUCCAGCGGUGAAGGUAAUAUGUACCCAGAACUGGUGCUUGACAAAGCUUUGGAUCGUGAGGAGUAUCCAGAGAUCAGAUUAACCCUAACGGCUUUAGACGGUGGGUCCCCACCUAGGUCUGGCACCGCCGAAGUGAGGGUUCUAGUUUUGGACAUUAAUGACAAUGCCCCUGUGUUUAUCCAGUCCCGGUAUGAAGCCCAAGUGCCUGAGAACAGCCCCAUCGGCUCUCUGGUUGUCACAGUCUCUGCUAGAGACUUGGACAUAGGAAGCAACGGACAAAUAUCAUAUUCACUUUUUCAUCGUUCUGAAGAAAUUAGCCAAACUUUUGAAGUAACUCAGAACUCAGGAGAAGUACGGAUGAGAAAAAAAUUGGAUUUCGAGACAAUUCAAUCAUAUGAAGUGGAUAUUGAAGCCACAGAUGGUGGAGGUCUUUCUGGAAAAUGCACUGUUGUGGUCCAAGUGACAGAUGUGAACGACAAUCCCCCAGACCUCAUCAUAUCUUCACUGACGAGUUCUAUCUCUGAAAACUUGCCUGAGGCGAUGGUAGCCGUGUUCAAAACUCGAGAUCGGGACUCAGGGGAUAAUGGAAGGAUGGUUUGCUUUAUCCAAGAUGACCUCCCCUUCAUUCUGAAACCAUCUAUAGAUAACUUCUACACUUUGUUAACUGAGAGAGCACUGGACAGAGAGAGUAGGGCUGUAUACAACAUCACCAUUACCGUCAUGGAUUUAGGGACACCAAGACUGAAAACUGAACACAACAUCACACUCCUGGUCUCGGAUAUCAAUGACAAUCCCCCAGUAUUUACUCAGACUGUGUAUAUGCUCUACCUCCAGGAGAACAACAGCCCUGCCCAGCACAUUGGCAGCAUUAGUGCCAGUGACAGAGAUGCAGGGACCAAUGCCAAAGUCACCUAUUCCCUACAACCUCCAGAACCUGGAGACCUGCCUCUCUUCUCCUACAUUUCCAUCAACUCAGACAAUGGCCAUCUCUACAUCUUGAGAUCCCUGGAUUAUGAAGUCAUUCAAACUUUCCAGUUCACUGUGAGGGCAACUGAUGGUGGCUCCCCAGCCCUGAGCACUCAGACUGUGGUUAGGGUCAUGGUCUUGGAUGAGAAUGAUAACUCUCCCUUUGUGCUGUACCCUCUGCAAAAUGGUACAGCUUCCUGCAAUGACCUGGUACCCAGGGCAGCAGAGCCAGGAUACCUGGUGACAAAGGUAGUGGCUGUGGAUGUGGACUCAGGGCAGAAUUCCUGGCUUUCCUACCAGCUGCUCAAGGCCACAGACCCAGGACUCUUCACUGUGUGGGACCACAAUGGGGAAGUGUGUACAGCAAGGCCUAUCAGUGACAAAGAUAACAUCAAGCAGAGGCUCCUGGUAUUGGUGAAGGACAAUGGGGAGCCACCUCUAUCCACAGAAGUUACACUGAAUGUGCUUCUUGUGGAUGGCUUCUCUGAGCCAUAUUUGAAACUCUCUGAUGUACCUAGCAUUCAGGAUGACUCCCUUACAAUCCAUUUAGUAAUUUCUCUAGCCUCCAUCUCCUUUCUCUUCCUUUUCUCUGUUACACUGUUCAUUGCAAUGCACCUAUGGAGGAAAAAAAGGGGUGCUGGAGAUAAUGACCAUUUUGGUUCAAAUGGACCAUACCCUAACCACUUAAUGGACAUCAGUCACUCUGGUACCCUGUCCCAGAGUUAUCAAUAUGAAAUAUGUCUGACCAGUGGAUCUGGGACCAAUGAAUUCAAAUUCCUGAAGCCAAUAAUUCCUAGUGUACCUCCUCAAGCCUCUGGCAGAGAAUCAGAAGAAUAUCCAGUAUUUCCAAAUAGCUCUAACCUUGGUUAAAUAGGGAUUGUCAACUAAGACUUAAGAGAAUAGAUCUUAUUGUAAAUGAGUUUCCUAUUGUCCUUCAUUACUUAAUUUUGAUCUUGA